AUGCAAUGUCCUAAGAAUGAUUUGGAACGUAAAGAGAUGGAGUCUAUUCCAUAUGCAUCAGUAGUUAGGAGCUUAAUGUAUGUUCAAACAUGUACUCGACCGAAUAUUAGUUUCAUCGUUGGAAUGUUAGGGCGAUAUCAAAGUAAUUCUAGGAUGGACCAUUGGAAAGCUGCAAAGAAAGUACUUAAGUAUUUACAAGGCACUAAGGAUCAUAUACUCAUUUAUAGAAAGUCCAGCUAUCUAGAAGUGGUGGGAUACUCGGAUUCAUACUAUGAUGGUUGUGUAGAUUCGAGAAAGUCUACAUUUGGCUACUUGUUUCUCUUAGCUAGAGGAGCAGUAUCAUGGAAAAGUGGAAAGCAAUCUGUCAUUGCUACUUCCAUAAUGGAGGUUGAAUUUGUGGCAUGCUUUGAGGCCACUAUUCACGUAUUGUGGUUGCGGAACUUUGUCUCGGGUUUAGGGUGGGCAAAGCACAUGAAGGGUGCAAAGCACAUGGAUUUAAAGUACCUAUCUGUGAAAGAAGAAGUGCAAAAACACAAA